UGGAGCCGGGCGGGCGCGCCGGGACCACCCAGCGAUGCUGCCGCCGCCGCCGCCGCCCCUGUAGCCGGUGCCCCAGCCCUCGGAGGAAGGCGGAACAAAGCUCAGGCUCGAUUGCGCUUCCUCCUUGUCAGCCUCUUGCCUCCCCAAACGCCUACCGUUUCCACUUGAUGUCAUCACGCAGAAGGGGUGAGAGGGACUCGGUGACAGAUUCAGCAAUGAACACACCUGCGAAUGCUGGCUGCCUGUGAGCUCCCUGGCCACCUCGCGGGGCACUGGGAAGACGCAGGGCGGUGGCCUCUGAGACCCAGCUCCUUCCUGUGCGCGGGGCGCUGUCUGUCGGCCAUGGAGACGCUGUCACAGGACUCCUUGCUGGAAUGUCAGAUCUGCUUCAACUACUACAGCCCGCGGCGGCGGCCCAAGCUGCUGGACUGCAAGCACACGUGCUGCUCGGUGUGCCUCCAGCAGAUGAGGACGAGCCAGAAGGAUGUGAGGUGCCCCUGGUGCCGGGGCGUCACCAAGCUGCCCCCGGGCUUCUCCGUGUCGCAGCUCCCCGAUGACCCCGAGGUGCUGGCCGUCAUCGCCAUCCCGCACACUUCGGAGCACACCCCGGUCUUCAUCAAACUUCCCAGCAACGGGUGCUACAUGCUGCCGCUGCCCAUCUCCAAGGAGCGCGCUCUGCUGCCCGGAGACAUGGGCUGCCGCCUGCUGCCCGGCGGCCAGCAGAAGUCCGUCACCGUGGUGACCAUCCCGGCCGAGCAGCAGCCCCUGCAGGCGGCCGCCGCCCCGGAGGCGGCCGAGGAGGAGCCGGACCGGCGGGGCGUGGUGAAGAGCUCCACGUGGUCCGGAGUGUGCACUGUCAUCUUGGUGGCCUGCGUCCUGGUCUUCCUCCUGGGCAUCGUGCUGCACAACAUGUCUUGCAUUUCUAAGCGCUUCACCGUGAUAUCCUGCGGCUGAAGGGUGGCGCUGCUGGGUGCCGACUUAGGGGUUGAGCAGGGGAUGGGAUCCCGUGAGAAGAGGGGGGCGACACUGACCAUUUGGAGCCGAGCGCUGGCCUCUGGGUUGCCACUUGAUUCACCCGAACCCCGCCACCGCAGCGGGCGGAAGGUGAGGUGUCUGUAGGAUUCCAGGUGGAUUGUUCUGAGUGUGGGUGGCCACAGCCCUGGGGACGACUGCAUGCAUCCUCGUAAUCCCGUAUUAAAUGGACUGUAAUUUAUGAUUUCCAAGCUCAUGUUACAAAAUAGACGUAUCCUACUUAGACACUAAGCCUACAGUGUGGUCUUCCCUGUGUGCAGUAGAUUUAAACAGAGAUGCCGUGUGCACAAGUAGAAUCGAACCUGCGAAUCCAUGUAAACACUCGGUGAAGACACAGUGCUGGCUUCUUCGCAUUUUUUUCCUUCUUUUUUUCCAAAGGAAAGCCAGUCUUCAUUUCGGUUGCUGAGGCUUUUUAUACAUUUUGAAUGGCACCCAGGUUGAAGUAAGUUGAACGGACCAUCCUGUUUUGGAGAAAUAUUGGAACAAGUGUCUCCACUGUGUCGUGUUUUGUCGUGUACCUUCAUUUUUCUUCACUUGUAAUUAGAGCUCGCUACGUGUUUAUUAAACUGCAAGCCCAACAGGGGAGCAAUAAACCGAGAAAUAAUGAGAAAUGCCUCAUCCCACAGGAAACCUGGAUGCCGAUUUUUCUCAAGCCAUCUCACGAAACCAGAAUUUAAAAUGUAAAUAUUGCGCAUCUGUGUGUGUGUGUGUGUGUGUUUGCGUCUUUUCAGAAGAGUUCCGGGAGGAAGACCGUGGGCAGGAAUGCGUCCGCUGUCUGGGACGAAGGCACCUCACAGGCAUCACACGGGCACCUGGACCCUCCCCGUGUGGGGUCUCCUACACGUCACCUCCAACUCUCACUUCACUUCUCAUCUGUGUAUUAAAGUCCUGCAUUGUGUAAGGCACAGAGGGAGAGAAUCAGAGGAAUCUCUCUUUUCUGCCAGUUUUGGGUGUGUUAACAGCCGUGAGCAUAGAACUGAUGGCGUUUGAAAACACAGUCUGUGCUGAUUUUUGGAAAGGUGUUGUUCCAUGAGAGUGAAUCCAUUUAGAAUCCCAAUUUUCUCUUGUUGAUAUUUGCAGGAAAAGCUUUUGUAUUUCAAGAUAGGUUUUUAUUGAGAAGCAGCAAGGUAAACUAACAAUUCACAUUUCCAGUGUAAGUGGACCAGUUCAGGUAUCCCUACAUGGAUGAAGGUCUGUAGAUGCUGCUGGUUGUAAAUGCGUGUGUUCAGAAAUAGCUCUGGGCUUUAGAGUUCUCUUCUAAUCUCCUUUUUGGAAUUCGGGAAUCAAGUGGUACGUGAGAGGAACUGAAGUUUUAAACAGAUCUGUUUUAAGGUUCCAUUACAUCCCUGGAAAUGGUGGGGUCAUGAGGGAAAUCAAGGUAAAGCAGUGGUUGGUUGUGAAAAACAAAGCUAGAAAAUAGCCCUGUAACAUGGAGACACUUUAUAUAACCGCUCUCUUCAAACAGCAUAAAACAUGCAUACUAAAGGUGGGAUUAGCAUCAAAUAAAAAACAAAUACAUUGACUAGAAUACAAAGCUGACACUUAAUUGACAUGAGAAUUCCAUAUAAAAUUAUGAACUCUGAUUUUUUUUCAAAUCUUUCCAAUUUGUUGUAAGGCCUUUAGGAAAUGUAUUUGGAAGCUCAAACUAGAAAUUAGGUUAAAAUGCCAUUUUAUUGUGUAAGCUAUUGGGCAUUAUACAACAAAUAAUCUAGGAUUUAUUUGGUAUUAAUAAUUUAGGUAUUAUAUUAGCUGACUACUAUUCUCUAUUAUAUAACACAGUACACUGUUGGGUUAGUGUCAAUUUCUCAAACUCUCCCAGGCUGCUGUAAUGCAUGUCUGACCUAAUUUUUGUUUCUCUUGGAGGGGAAAAAAAAACCCAAACCCAGAAAUGUUGGAUUAAGAAUGCUACAUUUCAGAUGAACUUUACUCUUGUAGUUUGAAGUCAUGCCGUAUUCAAAUUAAUUUUGUGAGUGAUAUCUGCAUAUGUUUAUGUACAGUGUGGUGUGACCAAGCCUGUAGAGUAGUAUGUGCUAGACUUCUGCUGUUAAGUAGGUUAUCUGUAGAUACUAAUGUGUGUGCUGACACAGUGUCCUGUGUUUUCCUAGUGCAAAGCUGUAGAGUAAAAAUGUCCACAGACCUUUCUGCAAUUGAGCAGUGUAAAAUUCAAGGCUCUAUGGUAAAUUCUUAACCUUACAACUUAACAAUAACAAGCAAAAUCAGAAGUUGUGUGUGUGUGUGUGUGUGUAUGAAAACCUUACUGACGUAAGAGUGGAUUCUUCUUGCACUUAUGCAGCUGCCUGUUGAGAUGUGCAUUUGUGUAUGUGUGUGUGUGUAAGAGAGAGAGAGAGAGAGAGAGAUCUCAACCUGCCAGAUAGAAUUUUUAUAGGCUUAAUGACACUUUAAUGUUAUUUGGCAUCCCAUUGCUCUGACCUCUUGGCCUUCACUCACAACAUUAACAACCCAUUUACCCCAUGUGACAAAAGUCCAGUGACACAAGCGGCCAGAAUCCAUAAUGGCGCGUCAAUGAGAAGUCACAAUCAGAAAGCACUGAGCGUUAGAGCUGAGAGCAGCUUCUGGUGGCUGCAGUUUGCAAGUGAGUUCGUUGAGGCCCUCAGAGGUGGGGGACAAGAGCUUUGCAUUGCACUGGCCUCUUGCUCUGUCCUAGGUCUGCUAUCUCUACUGGCUAUGAUCCUUUUUAGGGCGACUGAAUACCCUUUGCUAGCUCAUCUGCUGCAUUCAGGCUUUGUUUUUGUUUCUCUGUAGAUUUGUAUCUUCAUUUUUAGUUAACAUCUACCUCUCUGGGGAACAAGAGGAGUGUCAACAUUUAAAGACACCUAUCAAGUCAUGGGAUUUGAAAGUUUUAAAUUGCAGAAUAUUGACCUCUCCCACCCUCAUCAUAUGUAAAGGACAAUGAGUUGUGUAAAUAGUAAACUAUCAGCAUGAAUUUUCGUCUUUAUUAAUGAUCUUGACUUAAGCAAGAGAAUGCUUACUACGUUAAGUAGAGCCAAAUAUGCUACCUUAAAGCGUUGACUUUGGAAACUUUUCUUGCAAUGACCUGGGGCAUAAGUUAUGAUAAGAAGGCAAAUCAGUUCUCAGUUGCAGUCAUACUUUAUGAUCAGAAAGCUUUGAGGUAUUUUCUUUAAAAAUGUAGUUAUGUUUAAUCUUGUGUAUGACUUAUACAGCAAGUCCCUUGGAGGCUUAGCUUCGUGCUAGUGCAGCCCUUGGGAGCUUCUCAAUCAAGUGCUGUUAAGUAGAAAUUUCUGGGAUGAUAGAAAUGUUCUAAGACCUGUGCUGUCCCAAAUGGUAGCCACUGGCCACACUGACUGGUGGGGGAUUAAGAUGGGGUUAGUAUGACUGAGGGACUGGAUUUUUAGUUUCAUUUAGUCUUGAGGAAUUUAGCCUCAUGGAGCUAGUGGCUGCCAUAUGGUGUAGUCUAGCUCGGCGUGGGGAUCUGGCAUCAAGGUGUUAGUAGAGUAAUGGGGAAGCUAAGAAAGUUUGUGGGCCAGUAACAUGCAGUUGACCAAAAAAAAAAAAAAAAUUCCUUUCUGGGCUUAAAAAGUAGGUGAUCUCAAGUAUGACAGUAAAAAUUCAUUGAUUGCUCUUUGGGAUUAUUACUUAGGUACUUUGAGUCAAGAAAUGAUCAGUGAAGUUUAAAGAGUGCUUUAUUAAGCCCCCCUUUUUUGGGAUCAAUAGCUGCAUGUGAAUCUAUUGUCCAAAAAUAGUAGCUAGAAAGUAGCUGUAAAAUGUUUGACUUGCAAACUAUGCAUGACCUGUACUGUGAAAUUGUGUUUAGGGUCUAGUGGCCAAAAAAGUAAAUGUUACAGGAAAAAAAAGCCUAAUGAAAUCCUUCUACACAUCUAAUAUCUUACCCAAAUUUCAUUGCUGCAUUAGUAAGGUGUGAAAUAAAAGAGCAAGCAUGUUUUGUGGUGUUAGAGUGUUUUAGUUUGUCCUUGAAGUCUGCCAGCUUGUCAUUGUAUUUGGUGUGGGCAUAUGUAGCAUCAUUUUUCAGAUGCCAGACCAAAAUGUAGGUACUAUUUUUAGAGGGAGAUUUGACAUUGUUUUAGUUUUGCUUGUUUUUUGUUUUAUUUUAGUUAUCACCAAAAAAACAAAAGUAAAGAUUUGAUGUUUUGCCCAAAGACACCUUUUUAAAAAAAAUGCCCAUGAAGUUUACAAACUUGAGGGUUAUUAAAACUACUAGAAUUUCUUGUUACGUGAAUAAGGGAAGCUAAAUAUCAGACUCUUAUUGAUGGUGUGGUGUUUAUGCCAGUCUAGUUUUUGAUUUGAGACGUUCCCAUCUCCUUAUUUGAAAAUCUAUACUAUGUCAAGAUUGAUUAGCUUGCUUUUCAUUGCUUAUCAAGUGUAAUAUAAACCAAAUGCAUUUGCUCUGAUUGAGCAGGAUUGAGUUGAUUUUUUUUUUUCCUUAGAGCUCUUCAGUGGGAAAACUGUUCUGUUUAGCUUGUCCUCAAAAAUUAUUUUUAAAUGUUUGCCAAAAUGAGAGUUGCUCUUUCUCCCUAGGAGGAAGUUUAGUGUCCAGAGUUCAUUGGUAUGAGAAGAGUGAUGCAUGCAGAAGACUUCACCUUCUAUCUUCUCUUAGCAAGAUGUUGCUACCAACCAGGCAGCAUUUGAUUUCACGCAGAGGUGUCAGUCAGUUGAUCUGUCAUCCUUGACCUAGAUGGAGAAGCCACGCCUUGGUAUUUCCAUCAUUCUCAGUAAAACAUCGCCCACAAGGUACAUUUUACCAAAACAGGAACUCCAGAGAAGAGUGAGAGAGUCAAGACAAUUCUGUAACUGUGUAGAAAAGUAGCGAUCUAUUCCAGAAGCCGUGAUGGUUGGUUGCUAAAUUUUGUUUAACAUGAAACACUUUAAAAAAUAAGUAGAAAUUCAAACCAAUGUCUUUUCUGACACAUUGACUCGCGCACACACAGACACACACACACUACUUAGCUAUAAUUAGAAUUAGAAAUCGUGUUAUGUUUUUCAUUUUGUGGGUUAUGCAGCAUCGAAAUUGGUUGUUAAUUUCCUAACAGUUGCUGUGAGCGGCAUACGUUGUGUCAAACCAACUUCUACACAGCUAAACUUGUGAGACUCUUGCAGAUACGUGAAGUGGCGGGUUCCACUGUAUGGAUUUGAUUGGCAAGCCAUUGAUCACUGAGGAACAUGGGCAGGUGGGGUGUUUAUUUUCUGUCUUCUAAAUAGCUUACUUUUUGGCUCUGCCCAAAGGGUUGGGGGUGCAUAGCACACCACCACUCCAGAACUCGUACAAUGUUGCUUGCACUGUUUCCUGCACAAGUUCCCUUGCUCAGUCUGGCCAGUGACCUUUUCUUUUUUUAGGAUUCACUGCCUGGGGUAUCCUAUUAUGUAUAUCUCACUUCUGAUGUAGUGGUGCUUGGAAACACUCAUCUCGUUAGCUCUUUUUUAUUAUUCUAAUCCAAGAUUUUUGAUACUCUACAUAUUAUGAAAUUUUUAGAAGACAAUCAGGAAUAUUGAACAGAGUUUUGAGGGACCUCUUGAUCUGCAACAGCAUGUUUUCUUUGUUUCUGCAGGGAUGGUCAAUGGCUGUCCCUGUGCUUCUAGAACAUAGCUCCAAAUUCAAAACCUUGGGAUAUGGGCUUGUAGCCCAUGUGAAAAUCUUGCAAUCUCUCUGCACUGGGAUUGGAUUGCUCUAAGAUGGUCUUAUUAUUCUAAGGGAUGAUCAGCUUUAAGUUGAGAUUUGCUUUUGGAGAAUCUAGAAGGAUCCUGUUGGAUAUGACAGUGGCUAGGGAUCAUAGGUUGUAAGAAGAAGGAAAGAGAUAAUGGCAGACGCCUUUAAAGAGAACAAGUUGAUAUUGAUUGGAUUUCUUUUUAAAUCGUGGGGGUAUUUUAUAUAGUAGUAUGGUAUGUGUUUCUGGCUUGGCUGGGAGAUAACCCAACUAUUAAGUAGGUAGGCCUAUGGGAGAAGUAGGGACAGGCCUUGGGCCUAUGUCAGCAGAUAGGGACGCCCAGAGAGAGGGGGAGAGAGAGAGAAAUACUUUACAAUGCAGGAAAAUCCCUCAUGAGAUUGUAGCUGCAAAGCAAGACACACAGAAGCUGGUGAACCAGCCAAAGAAAGCACAGGACAAGCAGGAGUGAGUGAGUCAAGCACAGUCUGUCAUUCCAGUGGCGACCACCACCUUCCACCCCAGAUGCAGGGAAUGUGCUCAGCCGAUGAGGGGUCCAAGGAGGCUCCAUUUCCCUCAUCAUCUGUUCUGUGCUUUUACUCUGGGUUGUGAGGCCUCGGGUGAUUCCAGAGCCUGCUCUGGCGCUCUUUGCUGAGUCAGCACAAACUCCGGCAUCCUGGUGACUGUGGGAUCCGAUGCCUAUUCUGGGUCUGUCCUGACUCACGUCCCUUCAUAUUGAUGGCGAAACUAGUUCAUGAAUAUUUUGCUUUAUAACGGGUGGUUGUCAUUUAUUAUGUAUUUUUUAAUUGCACCACUGGUUCAUAUUUGCCUCACUUGACGGGUCUAGUGUGGAAGCGUUUCAGCUGGGGGCCAUCACAGACUCCCAACCUGAGCCGUGUCGCUGCUGCCCAGGGUUCCCUCCAUUCUUACAGCUCCCCUGGCGGGUUCCCUGGCCCUCCUGGUAACAAAUACUCCAGGCAGAGGCUAGAUUAAUGCUGCUCAGGGGCUGUUCUCUGUCCUUGACAUGUUUCAUUUACAAUUAUGUGGAUUAUUUAUUUAAGAGCUUUUCUUUUAAAGGGCCAGAAAGCCCCACAGAUGAAUGAGCUUCUGGGCCGUGCAGAAAAUAUUGUCCAAAUGUUGCCAAAUAUUGACUUUGUCAAGGGGACAUCAAGCUGCUGUUUAUAAAUCUGAAUGUCUUAAAAGCAUUCUUGCUUGCUCUCUCUGUUUUCGAUGGUGUCUUAGCCCGUCCUGAGUUUUUCCAAUGAACCCAAUUUUAAUAUAUGGUAUUUUUGUAUGCCAAACUGGUGUCUUGUCCUUUGUAUAUGUGGUAAUGUUGAUUUUAUGACUACUGUUAAAACACA